GGUUCCGGUUUCCGCAUGCGCUCCGAGCCGCUUUGGGCGGCGGCCCCGGGAACCCGGAGCGCUAAGGAGAACGGACCUCAGAGGUUGUCUGAAGGCCGAGGCCAAGAUGGCGGUGCUGUCAGCUCCUGGCCUGCGCGGCUUCCGGAUCCUUGGUCUGCGCUCCAGCGUGGGCCCGGCUGUGCAGGCACGAAGUGUCCAUCAGAGCGUGGCCACCGAUGGCCCAAGCAGCACCCAGCCUGCCCUGCCAAAGGCCAGAGCCGUGGCUCCCAAACCCAGCAGCCGGGGCGAGUAUGUGGUGGCCAAGCUGGAUGACCUCGUCAACUGGGCCCGCCGGAGUUCUCUGUGGCCCAUGACCUUCGGCCUGGCCUGCUGCGCCGUGGAGAUGAUGCACAUGGCAGCACCCCGCUACGACAUGGACCGCUUCGGCGUGGUCUUCCGCGCCAGCCCGCGCCAGUCCGACGUCAUGAUCGUGGCCGGCACACUCACCAACAAGAUGGCCCCAGCGCUUCGCAAGGUCUACGACCAGAUGCCGGAGCCGCGCUACGUGGUCUCCAUGGGGAGCUGCGCCAACGGAGGAGGCUACUACCACUACUCCUACUCGGUGGUGAGGGGCUGCGACCGCAUCGUGCCCGUGGACAUCUACAUCCCAGUGCAGACCAAUGGGGCAAGUUGCGAGUGUGGACUGUACUCCUCCCUCCUUGCAGACUGAGCUCCUCCCUCCCUGCGGACCAUGCUCCUCCCUCCCUGGGGACCGCGCCCCUCCCUCCCUGGGGACUGCGCUCCUCCCUCCCUGGGGACCGAGCCCCUCCCUCCCAGCGGACCGUGCUCCUCCCUCCCUGGGGACCUCGCUCCUCCCUCCCUCCCUGCGGACUGUGCUUCUCCCUCCCUUGGAGCAGCCUGGACUUGCCAGAGCUCUGCCAGGUGGGGCCUGGCCGCCCUUUCCCAGGCCCUGCAGUGGCCUUGUCCUUUCUCACCUGUUUCCACUCCCGCUGUCCCCGUUGGGCCCUGGGCUUCGUCCUCUUGCUCAAGCCCUUUGCUCUGAACCUGCGUGGCAGCCGGGACUGGGGGAUCCCCAGCAAAGAGCUCUGGCUUGAGGCUCAGAAAGAGGGUCAUCGGGUCCUAGUGGGAUGCCCGGGCUCUGGGCCACCUCCCCUCCCUCCGCCCAGCCUCCCUGCCUCCAUCUCCGUCCAGGGCAGCCCCGGGCCCUGCUCCCCACUGCUAAGUGUGUCUGCUGAGCGCUGGCCCCCAUGGAGUCCUGAGGGCUGGGGCCGGGGGCCGGGUUAGUGAGGUCAGCGUCUUGUCCGAGAGGUCCCUGUGACAGCCCGGGAUGAGCCACGGGUGGAGGGCAGUGGGGCCUUGCCCAGGGGAGGACCCCACUCUUCCUGCAGGGACCUCCCCUGCGCCGGCUCCCAGCCCCUGGCACUGCGCCCACCCAGGGCUGUCAGCCUCCACCUUCAGAGGCCGGCCCGGGAGACCCCUCCAAAGCCGAGCCGGCUGCGCUGUGCACGCGGUCACGCGGGCUCCGGCUGCGGGAAGCGAGACUGAGGCAAGGUCCCUGCAGGCUGCCCACCUACGGCCGAGGCCCUGCUCUAUGGCAUCCUGCAGCUGCAGAGGAAGAUCAAGCGGGAGCGGAGGCUGCAGAUCUGGUACCGCAGGUAGCGCCGCCGCCGGAGCCUGUCGCCGUCCUGUCCCCAGCCUGCUUGUGUCCCGUGAGGUUGUCAAUAAACCUGCCCUCGGGCUGCCGCC